GGACGCAUUUCUCGCUUCGGUUUGCUAAAUGGUGACCGUCGGUUUUAAUAGCAGUGAUAUAUGAAGCGCGUUUCUCUGAUAUGGCGGAUUAAGAAUUGAUAGUGACUAUUAUAAUUGUGGAAAAAUCUUACAAGUGCGGAAUGCGAAUGAAGUUUGAAACCCGCCAGUGCUGGCAAGUGAAUUCCUAUUCAGUUGAGCGUAUCAUUUCGAUUCGAUGAAUGAAAUCGAGAAACCAGCAGAAGCAUUGUGCUCCAGUUUGUGGAAAUGUUUUGUGAUUUUGAGUUGAAAUAAGUGACAUUCCACCUUACCAAAGUGUGAGAAACUCACAGCCAGACAGAAGUGUGAGGCGAUAAACCUGUCGAAGAUCUACGGAAACCUCCGGUUCAGAAUUGCGCUAACGUCAAUAGCAUUUAAAGAAAACAACUUUGCCUCUGUCAGUCGGUGUCCGCGUUGUUAAAGUGCGUGUUUUGUGUGUGCUUUGUAUUCGAAGUACGCAAGCUCCUCGCCGAUUUCGUGGGUUGUAAGGCGCGUAGUGAGGGAACAGACAAGAAGAAGUCAGAAGAGAAAAAGAUUACAACCUUGUCCCGAAUAUUUCGAUUUUAUUUGUCGUUAUUCGUCUUGUUUUCGGGUUCAGUUGUUUGGUGUGCGACAGUGCAAGUAUCAACUCGGUGUACGCUUGUUUGCACUCAGUGGUUUCACUAAUAUGCCAAACACAUGUGAUGCCUGCUGAUGGAUUACGACGGUUGAAGGGGCUGAGUGCAAUUGAGAAUCUAAGUGCUUGCAGUGAGUUUCAUUACGUCAAUAUCGAGAGCAAGCGACAACUAGUGACAGCCUUUCGGCCGUGAUAGCGCGAACCCCUCUUGAACACGGCGAAAAAACAACAACGUCUGUGCAUACAUACAUAGAACGGCGUCGUCGCCAACUACAGACGACGGACCUGUGGCGGAAAACGGGUGCCAUUCUGUGCGAUACCCGGUGCGGACCAAGCUGCAGGCGGAGAGGACACAGCACGCGCAAGCAGGACGACCAGCCGAAGGCAGCGAGUGUGUUUCUAUUGAAGACACUAAAUAGGGAACAAUGAGUUGAACUUCAUCACUUUCCGCGCAACUAUUCUCCACUUACCAUCUCACCCUACUUCAGGAUCCAUUAUCAAAGAACAAGCGAUUCCAACUUUAGUCGGUGCUACUUUUCUCGCGCAUCAAAAACCAUCUCGUCGCUGCUGGCAGAAAACUGAUUUGGUGAACAAGUUUUCUGAAUUUAAUUUUCGUGCUGUCAUCAGCGUCUCAUCCGCCGACCGACCGACCAACCAACCGACCAACCAGCCGACCAACCAUCGGAGCAUCUCGUUAAAGGACAUACCCGGUGCUCAGCGGUCCUAUAGUGGCACAUGUGUCACUCCAGAAGAAACAUCACCAACAGCAACUAAUUCCUCCGUAGCAGCACCGGUAAGCGGAGUGGAAGCGGAGGUGUCGAGCCAAAGUAGCGAGAUGCAUGUUUGUAGUCGCUGCAGCAGGAAGCAACGAUGAAGAUAAUCUAAUUGAAAUUUUGCACCCAGGCUGGACUGGGACAGCAAGCGCAAUCUGCGACUACUAGCAGAAGCACACAUACACGUAACAACAGAAACACGGAGACAGAAAACAUUUCGCCUCAUUUUCGGAGCAGAAAAUCAGAUUCGAAAUCACUCAUAGACACGUUUUGUCUAGAAAGAAUAAAAUGACACGAACCGCAAUCAGUGUCCUAACGGUGGGACUCCUGCUGCUGUGCUGCAGUACCCGCGCCGAUUCCAGCUAUUAUGGAGGUGCCGGUGUCAGCCCGGCCCCGCACCUGCCAGCAAUACCGAAAGAUCCGCACUCGCGAUGCGAAGAAAUCACGAUUCCGAUGUGUCGGGGCAUCGGUUACAAUCUGACCUCCUUCCCGAAUGAGAUGAAUCACGAAACGCAGGAGGAAGCCGGUCUGGAGGUGCACCAAUUCUGGCCACUGGUCGAGAUCAAAUGUUCACCAGAUUUGAAAUUCUUCCUGUGCUCGAUGUAUACGCCGAUCUGCAUCGAGGACUACCACAAACCGCUGCCGGUGUGCCGAAGCGUUUGCGAGCGAGCAAGAGCUGGCUGUGCACCGAUUAUGCAGCAAUACAGCUUCAGCUGGCCGGAGCGAAUGGCAUGUGAAAAUCUGCCCGUUUCCGGCGAUAGCGAUAAUCUCUGUAUGGAGCAGCCCAGCGAGGACGACGGCAGCCACUCGUCCUCCGGAAGUGGAAGCAGUAGCGGAGGUUCCCACGUCAAACCAACCCGAAAAUCUCACGGGUCAUCCGCAGGCGGUGCUGCCGGCCAGAAUAACAAAUGCAAAGGCAAGAAUUCAAAAAACUGCCCAAAUCCCCCAGGGGAAAGAACAAAAGAGUGCAUGUGCCGGUGUCGGGAGCCACUGGUGACCCUGGGGAGGGAAAGCCUACUGCACAACCAAAGUGUCGAAAGGGUCGGCGACGUCAUAAACUGCGCGAUUCCGUGCCGGGGGGCGUUCUUCAGCCAGGAAGAAAAGGAUUUCGCCGGGGUGUGGAUCGCGCUCUGGUCCGGCCUCUGCGGCAUAAGCACACUAAUGACACUCACCACGUUCCUCAUCGACACCGAAAGAUUCAAAUAUCCUGAGAGACCGAUCGUGUUCCUGUCGGCGUGCUACUUCAUCGUGUCCUGCGGCUACCUGACGCGGCUCUUCAUGGGACACGACGAAAUUGCGUGCGACGGGAAGGCCAUCAAGUAUCCAUCGAUGGGCCAGAGCUCGUGUACGAUGGUGUUCAUCAUGAUCUACUUCUUCGGCAUGGCGUCCUCGAUCUGGUGGGUGAUUCUGUCGUUCACCUGGUUCCUGGCUGCCGGACUGAAGUGGGGCAACGAAGCAAUCUCCAAGCACUCGCAGUACUUCCAUCUGGCGGCCUGGCUGAUUCCGACCGUACAAAGCGUGUCGGUACUGCUAAGGCCGGCUGUGGAUGGGGAUCCAAUCGCCGGGAUUUGCUACGUUGGAAACACAUCCGUUGAAAAUUUGAAGAAUUUUGUUCUGGCUCCAUUGUUCGUCUAUCUGGUCGUCGGAACGACGUUUUUGAUGGCCGGAUUUGUGUCGCUGUUCCGAAUUCGGUCAGUUAUUAAGCAGCAAGGUGGUAUAGGAGCUGGAUCGAAAGCGGACAAACUGGAGAAACUGAUGAUUCGGAUAGGAAUCUUCAGUGUUCUGUACACCGUCCCGGCUACGAUAGUGAUCGGAUGCAGUCUGUACGAAGCCAACUACUUCGAGGACUGGAUGACCGGUUUGACGUGCCCGUGCAAAGCAGCCAUUGGGAUCCGGCAAAAGCCACUGUACUCGGUUCUGAUGUUGAAAUAUUUCAUGGCCCUCGCAGUGGGAAUCACAUCCGGAGUGUGGAUAUGGUCCGGCAAGACGGUGGAAUCAUGGCGACGAUUAUGGCGAAGAUUGUUCGGUUCGCCCGAUCCAACCGGCGCCGGUCAGGUGCUGAUAAAACCACGACCUCCACUCCCGCAACCGUACGCCACAUCGGGAAUCGGUGUGGGUCCUGGUUCUGCAGCGGCAUCCCUACUCGCCACUCCGUACACGCAAACCGUCGGUAGCGUGGCAUCCACUAGUCAUCACCAUCUGCAUCAUCAUGUACUCAAGCAAACACCGCUUAGCCAUGUAUGACCUGGAGACAUUGGCGGCGCUUCCACGCUCACUGCCGGAUCCGGCUCGGUGGUAGAUCCCCGGGCUGUCUCUGUCGUCGUAACGCUGCCAGGACCACAACCAGGACAAGCCCUGAGCGACUAUGGUCCGAUAUAGUUGACAGUGCGACCAGAUACGGCACGAUGGAUACCUAGCAAUGCGAGCGAUCAGCUGUGACCCGGACGCGCAUAAACGGGGAGGGGCUCCGCACACUACCGCAGUCUCUCAUCAUCUGCCAGUGCAUGUGUGCGUGAGUAACACUUGUGUAGAAGUUAGUUAACGUAGUAGGCGCAUAGGUCUGUGUUUAAUUUGUACCGAUUGUGUAAGGCAGGCUAAAACCAGAAAGUUGUGUGAUGUAGAUGUCGUUGUUUCUUAUUGUAGACACUAAGGACAACCGAAACAAGUAAUGAAGCAAGUAACAAAGUGUACACAUUUCUAUGUAUAGGAUAGGUCAAAUGAAGUCGUGCUGGUCAAAAGUCGCACUGUUCCCUCCCUGUCGCCAUUUUCUCCAAAACAUCAUCCUACUAACUAAUACUACUACUAUUACUACUACUAACUACAACUACUACUACCAUCUAGAACUUUAACGUAAGUACGAUGAAGCAGCUCUCUUUCUAGUCCAAAAAAACACACACACACAACUGAGUGUAGAAAACUGAUCCAUCGACAGACUUUUAUACAGAAGUGAAGAACCAAGAAAAAGGCAUCUCCUGCCGACUAUUAAACGUCAAGCAAAACAAAAGCAAAAACAAAAUAUUAUUCCGAUGUUAUAACAAACGCAUAAUUGGUAUGUGGUAGCAGCAAAAAAACUAGUCUACUUGUCCAAGAAAUUACCUUCUAACUGUGAACUAAUAAUGUGUUCUUUAGCAGAGCAUUCUCGUGAUGUCCCGAACUGUAAUUUAAGAAGCAAAAUCUGCCCAUUUAAUCUGCAAAUAAUUGCUCUCCAAGACCGAAGCGGCCACCACUAUCUAACAGAAAGCAGUACAUUCGAGAUUUCCAAAGACAUAAAUGACAAUACUAGCCCGGCAAAUAGUUACGAAAACCCAUUUCUCGACACUAAAUCAUUAUUUGCAGCGCCCGAAAGUCGCAAAAUAAACAUCCACGGAAAUGCGAGAGCUAACGCAUAGCUGAGAGAAAAUAAAAAUCAUGAAUUCCGCCAUUUCACUGCCAAAAUCAUUAAUUUUCGGUUCACCAACCAUUCAUAGAUACAGCAACGACUCGGGGCCAAAAACGGCAUUUUAUAAAUUCUCAACAACAUUCAGCUGACGGCUGGUCAGGCCAGGCCGACCAGCCCGGAGGAAAGCCGCUCUCGUCGCUAGCUGCUAGCCGGUAGAUAAAUCAGACUGGACACACACAUAAAUCUAAAUUAACUCGGAUUAGUCGUUUGGCACAGAGCAAAAUUGUCAUUAUAUUCUACCGGCCUACCAGCUGUAGUACGAACUCCGAAUGGCCGAUGCAAAGAAAAUACAACAACAAUCGACGGAAUGGCAAUUUCGUCGAAAUGAGAGCAAGCAACGCGGCUGCAAAACAAGAGAAAAAAUGAAUUCAAGAAAUUAACAAGCAGACGAAAAAGAAGUAAUUAAAACACUUUUAAAAGGUGCAUUUCAUGAAACAUUCAUACGUAAUUAGAAUUAAUUUACUCGUUUAUGGUAUAUAGGGAGGAAAAUCUAUUGGGCAAAAUAGUAGAAGAUGAAGAAGUUAAAAGAGAACAUAAGUAAUUUUUGCUGGUUCAUUUUUUUCUCAGUUUUGUUAUCUGUCAGACCUUUCGGGAAUUGAUUCAAUUUUUUGUUUUGCUUGAUUUUAAUUAUUCUUAAAUCGGACAAGGUUUUGCCUUUGAGCAUUUCUUUUUUCGGAAAACAAGUUCAAGCAAGCCUUGGAUUUUCUUUUGCUUAUUUCUCAAAACUCUCAAUACAUGACCUAAGUUUACCCGCGCAUACCACACACAUCACUCGUACUUGGUUUGUAAAAAGCCUACUUCGAUUGCCAUACCUUCAGUUAUUGAAGACUUUCGGUUAAGCAUUGUUUAUUAUGUAUGUAUAGAAGAAACAAACACACACACACUGCUAGUGAGGAGAAAAACUUAUAAACUCUAUCUUGUUUAUAUUUUUAAUCACUAUUAAUCGAACUAGGAAACUUACUUUAAACUGCGUGUACAUAUCAUAAUUCUAGCUUAAAGUGAAGAAUGUCGAAAUAAUCUGUUUUGCUCUAAAUACCGUCUAAAAUUAUAAUUUGGUAGCUGCUUCUUUAACGGAAACGUAAAAUUUAAAACUAUCAACGCAAAAUCAAACUGUAAAUUAUUUGUAAUUUAUUUUCUACUGAGUUAGAUAAACCAGCCAAUGGUUUUCUGCACUUUUAUAUCAAUUCUAUGAUGAGAGUGAUUGAGCGAGAUGACAGCGUUAAACAUGCAUUUACAGUCAAACAAACUUUAGAUAUCAAACUUUGCGCACCCCUUCUGGAACUAAGCAGCUAUAAUUCUACAAAGAAACAUCACACAACAGCAAAAUCAUAAAAAUGCAGUAUAACGUAGUAUUUUCAAACUGGUAAAACGGUCAAUUGAACAAUGUGAUCUAAUUUCAGUUCUUCACCAACUCUCUAGGUAACACCGAAAAAAAGCAAUAUUGCUCUGCAAAGAGUCAUGCCACACAGUAAAAUCAUCUUCAAAAUCAUAACUGAUAAAUUGGUAAUAGAACUUCUUAAUAGAUUUUUUUUAGUUUCCAGAGGGCACACCACUUUAGAAUCUAUUCGAAAACAAUAGUCAUAUAUCUACUUAUUGUUUGCACCAUAAAUUUUCGUCUUUUUCUUAAAUCUGGCAAAACUUCUAUUCUUGUCUAGGACUCUUCGAAAAUUUAUUUUGUUUUUUCUUUUAUCAUGGAAAAAGAAACGGAAAACGCGCUAAAAGAAACAGAAUAAAGCAAACGGUGUGAAUGAAAUCUGGUUUUAACAGAUACAUGGACUGUAUACGAAUAUUUUGAAUUAUUGAAUUAUUACUGCAAUUAUUACUGUAUUUGAGCAUAAUUACCGUAAUCAUGCGUAGUAGUAAUAAGACGUAAGUCGUAGUGUAUAAACAAGUAAUAACAAAAAGAAGGAAAGAAAAAAAAUAAAACAAAAAAGCACACACAAGAGGUACAGAAACAACAAUGGAAGCAAAAAUUAUACAAUAAGAAGAUUCACAAGUGAAAGGUGAAGCAAGAAAAACAAACUUAUAUAU